UCGGGUGGCCGGUCAGGCAGCCAAGGAAAAAAGGGAACGACGGCACAAAACAGCUGGUUACCGGCGGAACUCAGUGAAAAGAAGAAUGUUGCGUAUUAUUGGCUCAACUUUUAGAGAGGCGGGUAUCCGUACACUAGGAGCGAGUUCCAAAGCACUGACACCAAUUAACGUGAAUAAUUUAGCGCAACUUCGAUGCUUGAGUAUAUUUUCUUCUCAGAUACAUGCUCAAUCCAACACCAUUGGAAAUGCUCAAAAUAAAACUUUACUAAGCCCACCACUAACAUGCAGAAUUCUGCCGGUUGUGUUGCAGCAAAUGCAACCAACGGUAAGGACAGUUACAAAAUUCUCCUUGAAAAAAGGAAAGCGAAGAUCUGUAAAGACUGUCCUUAAAAGAUUUUUUAGGUUACACUGGGGCGUAUGGAUCCGUACGAAGGCAGGACGACAUAAAAGACUUUGGAAAAAAAGUUCCAACCAAAAACGUCGCUUGCGUCAACAUGUCUUUACAAAUUCUACUCAAUCCUAUUUACUUGAUAAGAUGGUUACAAACUUUUGGAAAAGACCGAAAUAUUAUGUGGACGAUCCUUACACUCCUUAUCAUCAAAGAGAAGAAUUUUGGAUUACUAGAAAAGCUCCCAAACCCUAAAUAAACCUGUAUUCAAUUUCGUCGACAAUACAUUCAUGCAAAAUUA